GCAGAGAAUGAACCUCCCGUGUAUGUACGAGCAAUGCAAACACAUGCUGAUGGUGGCCCGAGAGCUGUCGCGGCUGCAAGUCUCCUAUGAAGAGUAUCUCUGCAUGAAAACCUUGCUCCUCCUCUCCACAGUUCCCAAGGAAGGCCUGAAGAGCCAGUCCCUGUUUGAAGAAAUCCGCAUGACCUACAUCAAGGAGCUGGGCAAGGCCAUCGUGAAGCGCGAGGGGAACUCGAGCCAGAACUGGCAGCGCUUUUACCAACUGACCAAGCUGCUGGACUCUAUGCACGAUGUGGUGGAAAAUCUCCUGAGCUUCUGCUUCCAGACAUUUUUGGAUAAAUCCAUGAGUAUCGAGUUCCCCGAGAUGUUGGCAGAAAUCAUCAGCAAUCAGAUACCAAAAUAUUCCAAUGGAAAUAUCAAGAAGCUCUUGUUUCAUCAGAAGUGA